CUAGUGUAAAACCGGUAUCCAGAAAAAAGUGAGGUCUAAAACAACAAAAAAGGUCCGAAAAUGGCAACGGGUCCAAAAAAAUCGUUGGGGGUCAAAUUUUUCCAGGUGGGGUCAGGAUCAACGAGAUCUGACUAUGUCAGAACCUAUGACUCGAACCGCCUUUUUUUAUGGCUAUCGAAUUCACACGAACAAACAUUGUUGCAUCAUUAGGGAACGAUACGGAUUUGUCAUUGAUAUGUGUGUGAGUGUGUGGUGCAGUUUGGAAUUAAAACCGGUGGAAAAGGGCAACAAAAAAAUAUCAUAUAAUAUCACUCGGUGAUACGAUUUUUGCACCGCUGAACAGCCUCUCUUGAUUGUAUUGAUAACAAUCAAUCGAAAGGGGAUUUCGAAGCAUAUAUUUCAGAGGCGCAUUUCAAAUUAAAUGAAAAAUCUUUCGGAUUUAUACCUUUCGAGACUUUUAAUUACCCAACGCAUUCUAUUAUUGUGAAUUCAUUUUCAUUUUUUCGUGAGCAAUCUCAACAGCAACAGCAUUGUUCGCUUUCAUGUUCAUUAUUUCGCAGCCACACACAACUCCAAUAUUAUGUUUGACUCCUUUUUAUCUCUUACUCUUUUUCCCUCUCCCGCUGGCACUAACGAAUAUUAAUCUGGUUUUAAUGAGAGAAAGUUUGGCUUUAAACAGACUCUAUCGAAUAGAAAGCUAAUUUUGAAACAGUCACUGCUGUUGGCAAAAUGUUCUGAUGUUCUGACUCAGAUCUCAAGCAUCAACACCAACGCACCAUCCUACUAAUUUCAUUAUUCUAUAAAAUUUCACUGGUUCAUAUUCAACGAAACCAAAUUUUCUUACUCGUCUCAACAAGUCAGAUACAUUUUGUAAGCCUUCUGGCAAGCGCAGAAAUUAAAUCGAGAAUAAACCCAUGAAAAUGCACACUGAACAUUGCUUUGAUAUCUUUUGCAAAACAAAAAAAUCUUGAUAUAUAUACUAUGUGGUUGGUAUAAUUUAGAUUUGUGUUCGUACAUGUGUCAAAACGAUGCGAUUUCAGUCGUAAAAAAACGUGUUCAUAUAUUGUGCAUACGUAAACACGCGCACAUAUCGCGAGCGCACACUCGGCCGGUAUCACAUUCUGCAAUUUUAUUUUCGGCUAUAUACAGAUUUUGAAGUUAAUAUAACCGAGCUGACACUUGGUGUGUUGCAAUUUUUGCAUAUAUAUGUAGGAUUAUCGCAUGAACAAACCAAAUGAAAAGAAGCCAAUGUGGAAAAGAUUUAGAGCGCAUACCAUGCAGCGAAACGUACAUAUAUCUUUCGGUCUUCUGGCGUGACACUUCUUCAAUUUGAUUUUGUCAGGUAUGUGAUAUACAAUGCACUGAAUGAAUUCAGUCGGGUGUAGCGGUGCAAAACGGACCCAAACGAACACACGAAUGAGUUGGAGCCAGAGACAGAAAAUGAAGAAGAAGAAAAAACACACAAACACACACACAAAGUUGGGUACAUUCUCGUAAAAAUUUCGGACAGAGCUGUGUGUUGUUGUUAUCGUCGGUUGGGCCGUUAUUUUAGGCAUCAAGUGUGAUUUCAUCGUUCGUUUGUUCAUGAUGUGCCUUAUCGAAAAUGGGUCUGUCAAAUAAACGUUUCUUUGUUCUUUUUUUUUCUAGAAUCACCAUUUACCCUCUUCCGACCAAAUUUCAUGCACCAAAGUGGAACAAUACAAAAUUAGAACGCGUCUGCAUGCUAACAAUCCAUAUUGCUACAUGAACACAGGCAGAAUUUGGAAGAAAAAAAACGAAAUUGAUUUUACAAGAUGGAAUAGAAACAGUAACACUUUCAUUUACAUACAGCACGUAUUUUCUCGAACACAUUGCAUAUUUUUAUCUGCUGAAAUAAAAUGUGUCGCAUAGUGAGCGAGUUGAGUUCAUGUAUUGGCGUACAUAAGCGUACAUUCAAUUUUUUUUCAUAUCUGCGGAACAGAUUGAAUCGCUGCUAGUCCUGGUGGUGCUGCUGCUCUUGUUGUCGUCAUCGUCGUUGAAACACAUCGGCAACGAUGAUGUGUCUCGGCAAUCCUCGAACAAAUAAUGUACUCCGAAAAUUGGUAUUCUUUUCACAAAAGCGCAUUUGGCAUCGUGUCCCAUUUGCCAUUGCACUGAAAUCGCACUUAGCAUAUUGAUAAGGUUUCGCUCUUCUCAUCUCGCAAAUGCACUGCAUAUCCCAUCGAAUGAAAUUGCAAAAUCCGAUGCAGUUAUUAGUUGACGAUUUGAUCAUUCGGGCUGUUGAACCUUAGCAGUUGGAGCAGCAGCAUGCAAAUUCACUCUAUUUUGACUAAUGUGAUGUCGGGCAAAUCCUUUACAACGUGCUUGAAAGUACGCUCUGGAAUUAUUCGUUUCCAGGUCAAGUGGUUGGAUUCAUCGAUGAUUUGCGAUUACAUUGCAAUCGUCAAAUUCCCAAGCAUUAUACGAACUUUCGAACUUUUCACUUGUACAUCAAAUUCACUUCAGCCCAUUAAAAUCGAUGAGAUUCUCUCUGUUUCUCCUGAAAAGAACAUCUUUGACGAAUCUUUUUCCACUGAAGCGAACAUUCCUCAACUGAAAAGCACUAUUUUAAAUGAAAAAAAUACAUGAAAAACUAAAACAAAAAAAUCUCAUGGCAAAAAGAAGUAGAAAGAAUCUCUUCACUUAAAAAACCAGUCCAAACAACAAGUACAGCAUGAAAAACGAAUCUCGGAUUGCGACUUACAAUUUACGAGUAAAAUUGUGAACGGAAAAGUGUUCUAAUUUGUUAUGCUUAAGCAUGCGACAUAAAAUUCGCUUUUAAUGCAAUUAUUUUGCGUUGAGUUCAUUUGGUGAUGAAGUGAGUGUCUCAUCUGACCAGUGUGUGUAGAUAAAAGUAACAUCGAGCAGGGAAAAAACAACGCAUCUGGAACACGCUGAACAGCGACGAAUAGCAGAAGAAAAAAGAACGUACUUGACUAGAAUAAAAAAAAAAUAAACAGAGUACGCAAUUAUUUCUGCGAAAACUUGAGCCAACUUUGGUGAUUAAUCUGUGAUGCUAAGAAGCCAAAGUUUAUGUUGAACAAUGCAAACACAAGCGUAAACGCUAAUCGAGUCGAGAGAGAGAGAGAGAGAGAGAGAGAGAGAGAGAGAGAGAGAGAGAGAGAGAGAGAGAGAGAGAAGCAACAACACGGAGAAUGUGAGAAACGCAUACUGUAUGCGUUCGUCUUUGGUUCUCCUUUACAUUGUUUAAUUUCGUUCGUUCGUGGUACAGAGCAGCAGAAGCAGCAGCAACCGGUAUUUGGCGUAUAUAUCGGUAUAUGUGCAUUUGGCCUGUUGAAAAUGCAAAUGCAAUCACUGCAUUCCGCGUUCGAUGUAGACACGAUUUUUAGUACGUGCGUUCAACAACAGCUUUUUGAAUCGCGUUCAACUAAUAUAUUACAAGUAAUUCGAUCGAUUGUGGGCUGCAGAGUCUGCGCCAAUGCGGCCGAUAUAAUUCAGUGUCUGCACAUCGUUGUUUGUUAUCACUGAUCUGAUUUUAGCCUUAAAUUAGCUUCUGAUUCUCAUUCUUCUGUUUGCCGUUGUCGUUGUCGUCGUUGUUGUUGUUGCUGUUUUUAUCGCACACAUGCAUUUUCAGUGCAUAUUUUCAAGAUUAUUCCAACAUAUGCUACCAACCCGAACGAUAUCAAUAUCGUUGAGAUGCACGAUCGUAUGCAAAUAUAUUGCUUUUUCAUCGCUUAGCUUCUUUCUCUCUCAACUUGUUCCUUCUUCGUUUUUUGCCGUCUUCGUUUUGCGUUUGCAUGGAUUUUAUUCACUGCACUCGCACCCGCACGUUCAUUUCUGAACUUGAAACAAUGAAGAAGCGAUAUGUGAAAUGUCUUUGUGCCGUGGCACAACAGUUCAGCACCGACGAUCUAGCCUGUUUACAAAAAUUGGAUUGCUCCAUUUGUGACUUUCCGCCAUAUCAAUUUCACAAUUUCCCCGAUGCGGUUAAUCUGAUGUGUUGGAAUAAUUGUGCGCCACGUUCGGGGGCUGCUUCAGUGGUCGAGACUCAAAGUACUGAAUUGGAAAAAUCCGAAGCGUCCGAUGUAUUUGAACUAUCCGUUCGAUCGAUGGUGCGAGAUAAGUCGCUAACAAUGGCCGAUAUCGCUUGGUAUGCCAACGAUCCAGCACAACAUCAAUGCCUGGUCACAUGGGAGAUUUUCGGUGGCGGUAUCAUGGGCAAUCUACUCACCGACACACACGAAGCGGAACUAUCACUUUGGCCCGACUCGAAGUAUCACAUUCAAGUGACGUGCAAAAAUAAGAACACCAGCAAGAUGUCAAAAUCGCUACCAAUUCUGAUCGACACCACAACGGCAUUAACGAAAGCCGCAAUAACAACGACAACAACGACGACAAAGUCCUCAUUGGAAUCUGAAUCGAGUGGAAGACCUGAGGCGGUGAUACCAUCUAACAAUGAUGAUGCAAGUGAAGAAAAGGGCAACAACGAUAGAGCGGAAAGACCACCACCAUCAUUAUUACAACCGCACUCAAAGCUGGCAACGACAAAAACUGCUGCACCAACACCAUUGACGCCAACAGCUCAAGCAACCGAUGAUGUUGAUGAUAAUAAUCAUGGCCAUCGUGAGUAUGACGAGACAGAAGCAAUUGUCAGCAUCACACGACAUCGCAACUACCAGAAGCAACAUGAAUAUAAUAAUGAUUAUCAAAUAACCGCAAAACCCUUGUACAAUGCACAUCAAACUAGUAUGCACAACGGCGACGAUGGUGUCGUUGAGAAAGCCGGCAAAAAUGACAACAACAACGUCAACGAGAAGGAAAAUCGUGUGCAUGGCACUUUAACCACAUCUCGAGAUGCUGCCAAACUAUCGAAAACGUCGCCAUCCACCGCCAAAAUCACGCACAAUGACAUCGAAACCGUGCUAUCGCUGGUGUGUGUGUUUGUACUGGUUGUGACUCUAGUCAUUUGUACGAUAGUUUCGGUGCGGCAACGUAUCAAAUCAAAUAAGAAGCAUUGUGAUAAAACCAAUUUGAUAAGCAGUAGUGCCAGUAGUAGCAGCACCACCAGCAUUAAUGACUGUGAAAUGGAUUUUAAUGGUUCAACCACAUCAAUAGCUUAUGCACAAAUGACGGCUAUACAUGUUUAGAGUGCACACAAAUACACACACACACACAUGCACGCACAUUCUCCCCCCAGUUCAUUCAAUUUCGAUUAAUCUAUCCACAUACUUGGCGGUCCGCUCCAGCCGAAUCACUUACUGAUCCGCUUAUGGAAUCACGCUGAAAAUGUGCGCCGCCACAAACCACCACCAUCAAAGUGGCGAUAACGGUUUCAAUUCAAAUUCACUCGCUUUUGAUAUCAACAGAGAACAAUCAAAUCCAUUUCACAAUACACUGGCUGGUGCACUCGGCGAUUGUGACGUCAUCUCAACUACUUGGAGUUGCUUUUCUUGAAGUAGCUACACACAGAGAGAGCGAAUGGAGGCGAGUAAAAUUCUAAAUACAAGAAGAGAAGUUAUAAAAUGUAAAUAGGUUAGCCAUUAUCACUGUAGAAGUAAAUCAAUACAAACCGAAAAUGCAAAGCAAAACACAACAUGUUGACACUAAAUUGUACAUAACAGAAAAUUCAUAAUCAAAACUGCAACGAUAUAAGGAUUGAUUCAGUGCGUAGUGCGUAAGUUUUUAAAACAAAACAAAGGAUAACCUAUAUAAAUAUCGAUAGCAAUCUUAAAAAAUAAUUUAAUCGAAUAGCAGUUUUGAUCAAACAGAAAAUCUAUUAUUUAUUUGACAUGCUUUAUUUAUUCCCAUGAAGAAAAUCGAAAAAAAAAAAUUCCAAUUUUCAGUUUCAAAUCGAUUAAAAAACGAACAAAAACUUUAUAUGUAUAACUGUGAA